AGUGCAGAUGCUGGGCGGACAGCUGGGCCCACUCACUGUCCAGAGAGCCAGCUGCUCCCCGGGAACAACUUCACCAACGAGUGCAACAUUCCGGGCAACUUCAUGUGCAGCAACGGGCGGUGCAUCCCGGGCGCCUGGCAGUGCGACGGGCUGCCCGACUGCUUCGACAAGAGCGACGAGAAGGAGUGUCCCAAGGUCAAGUCGAAAUGCGGCCCGACCUUCUUCCCCUGUGCCAGCGGCAUCCACUGCAUCAUCGGCCGCUUCCGGUGUAACGGGUUCGAGGACUGUCCCGACGGCAGCGAUGAAGAGAACUGCACAGCAAACCCUCUGCUUUGCUCCACCGCCCGCUACCACUGUAAGAAUGGGCUCUGCAUCGACAAGAGCUUCAUCUGCGACGGGCAGAACAACUGCCAGGACAACAGCGACGAGGAAAGCUGCGAGAGCUCGCAAGAACCAGGCAGCGGGCAGGUGUUUGUGACGUCGGAGAACCAGCUGGUGUACUACCCCAGCAUCACCUACGCCAUCAUCGGCAGCUCCGUCAUCUUCGUGCUGGUGGUGGCCCUGCUGGCGCUCGUCCUGCACCACCAGCGCAAGCGGAACAACCUCAUGACGCUGCCGGUGCACCGGCUGCAGCACCCCGUGCUGCUGUCCCGCCUCGUGGUGCUCGACCACCCGCACCACUGCAACGUCACCUACAACGUCAACAACGGCAUCCAGUACGUGGCCAGCCAGGCCGAGCAGAACGCCUCGGAAGUGGGCUCCCCGCCCUCCUACUCGGAGGCCCUGCUGGACCAGAGACCCGCGUGGUAUGACCUCCCUCCGCCACCCUACUCUUCCGACACCGAGUCACUGAACCAGGCCGACCUGCCACCUUACCGCUCCCGGUCGGGGAGUGCCGACAGCGCCAGCUCCCGGGCAGCCAGCAGCCUCCUGAGCGUGGAAGACACGGCCUCCAGCCCGGGGCAGCCCGACCCUCCGGAGGGCACCACCGAGCCCAGGGACUCUGUGCCCAGCCAGGGCACCGAAGAAGUAUAAAAUCCAGCUAUUCCAAAGUCCACAUGGGUUCAUCCGCUCUGACUUGUUACCAUCCUAACAACCUGCCCUCGGGAGGAGUCGGGGUGCCUCAGGGACUGAUCUGGGGUGUCAGCUGUCUCUCCUGCCCCAGAUUUCAAGGAGGUCCUCUGGCGGGUGGCCUGUCACUUUCCUGGCCUCUCCAUUUGCACGAUGUGUGUGGGCGUCUGUCCUGGAAGGUGAUUCCUCCACUCGGCCCAGGGUCACACUCACUCUCCACGUCAUUCUUCUGUUACCGCUGACACCUGGCCGAGGAGGGGACAGGGUCACAUGGGUUUAGGGAGCUCCUGAGAGAGCAGUUUCUGUGACGUGUCGGACGUACAGAAGGGCAGGCACCGGGCCACAUGCACUGUGGGCUGCCGUCUGAUAACUGUUUCGGGGUCCGGGUGCCUUUCUCCCUCGGUUAGGGUCUCUGUGUUCCUGUUAGCUGUCCUCUCUCUCUGUGCCCCGCCAGCCACAGGGCCCACCCACCAAGAGGCCGCCAUGGGAUGGCCGCCCUGCAUGGAGGCCAGGCGAGCACCCAGCCUCGCACUGUCCUACGCAUCCCACUCCGUUCAGCGGAGGCAGUGGCCAGAGAACACGUUUGACACGAGGUAAGCCCUUCGAUAAUCGGCCGUGUCACCUAGAGGUUGUGAAUGACCCUGAACCUGCCUUCUCUGGAGAGAUUCUGGCUUUAACAUUGUGCCUGAGAAUCCCCGUGUGGAGAGCUUGUCUGGCCGCAUGUAUCGUCAGCCUCAUCCCAGAACAGGCAGGAGUUUCCCCGGGUUCUCAGCUCCCGAGAGGCAGGCUGCGAGAGCGAGGCCUGCUGUGUCCACGGCCCCUUCCCUGGCUCCUGGAUCAGCAGCCUCCCAGCUGUGACCUGC